AUGGUGGCUCGAUGUGGUUUGAUUGGAAUGUCCCCGCAAAUAAUCACAGACAUUGAAACCGCAAAGCUGGAAUAUUUGAAAAAUUCAAAAACUGGAACAAAAAAAGAAAAAUUCUUGGAUAUUCUGUCACUAAUUAAUAACAUUGUGAACUGCAAAAAAACUGAAAAAAUUCCGUGUUACGUAAGUAUUGAUGACAAAAAGGUGCCGUCGCAUGUGGUAAUGUUGCAAUUCAAUUUCAACAUAAUAUUUUCCAAAUUGCAUCACAUAGAAACUACUCUAAACAAUUCUACCAACAAAGCUUCAAAUGAGAGUUUGCACAGUCAAAAUAAUGCAAACAUGUUCGACAAGUAUAAUGAAAAUCAACUACUAAAUAAAACAAACAUAAAGACAGGUGAACCUCCACCUCCUAGUAGUAACAGCUCAAAUUUAAAUAAAUUGCAUUGGGCAGAUGCAGUUAGAUCUCUACCAAGAACCCCUCAACCUACACCUCCUUGGCAUUCAGCUGGUGGGAGAAAUGCGAACAUAGAUGUCUUUGAGCAAGAGAUGGUGAACAGCGGACAAUUCACUGUUGUGGGUCAGUCAAAAAAUAAAGCCAACACAGUCAAACAACAAAUCAAAAAAAUUAUAGGCAAAAAAAUUACUGAAAAUUGUAAACUUAAAGCUGAAAAACUACUAGUAAACAAAACUGUCUACUCAAUGAGUAAUGUUCAGAACAGAUGUUGA